UACUUUGAGUUCACACUUAACUUACAAUGCAAUGUGUCAACAGUACAGGAAGUUGGGGGUAGCUGUGAAAAGGAAGCUACUUGAGCACUAAAGGAAGAAGAAAAGAAAAAAAUCCACGGACAACCAGAUCAGUUCUCCUGCCUAUGCUUUGCUGAAACCCCCAAGACCCCCAAGUGGAUGGAUUCUUGAAGGGUCAUCAGGAGCCACAUAUGAACAGUCAUGUCAGGCAAAAGACCCAAGAAGAGUCAGAGGCUUGGUUCAUCUCGACGAGGCCCUAGAGGUCUUAACAGAAAUAAUGAGGAGAAAGACAAUGAUGAUGGAUUUCCACAGAUUGCAGAAAGUGAAGAUGAGCAGAAGGAAUCUCACUCCACUACCGAUAACCAGUCAGGUGAUACUCCUUUACAAGUUCAAUUUGAUCAUCUGCCAAAUUCAAGCUCUGAUCAGCCAAUUUCCUCCUUGGAAUGUCCUCCACAUGCAAUGUCACAGAGUCACAAAGAUGCAGUUGUGGAGACUGAACUGCCUGAGAGGAAAAGAAAAAUGGGAUCAACUCGCAAGAAAACUGGUGGGUUUAAAGUUGAGAGAAAACUUAAAUGUGAAGCUGAUGAUGAGAUGAGGACCACUGAGGAGCUAUGUGAAGAGCAGUUAGCUCAACCAAUCACAUCAGCCAUAGAAGAAGAUCAGAGUAAUCUUCAUGAGCAAUCAAGGUCAUGGAUUUUGCCUUCUAAUCUAUCCCAACAGACUGAAGGUUAUGGAUUAGGAUUGGAGCUUUGGGCAACUCAUGACAUUGAGGUUAUAGCUUCAAAAAAUAAAGAAAAUGUUGCAAUCCCCCAUCUAGAAAUAUCCUCUCAUAGUCUUACUAAGGAUAUUUCCUCAUAUGAAGUAGAAAGCAAUAUGCCCAUGUAUAUGGGGCAUUCUGUCCACUUAAGUGCCGUCACAUUAACUGAAAGUGGUCUGUUGCUUCAGAAGCAAACCCCAUUAGACAGCACCUCUUCACAAAAAAGAAAAACUGGAUCAACUCGCAGGCCUCAUAGAGGAAAUACAGGUGAAGGAGACAGUGAAAAUAUAGAGGUACAAGAACAUCCAAGUACAGAGAGGGUUGAGAAAGUAGAAGUCCAAGCAAAGUUCAACUUGUCAGGAGAGAUGAUGCAAACAUGGGAUGAUGUGGUAAAAGGGGACAGUCCUACAGACAAAUCUUCUCACACAGAAUCAGCUUUUAUUUCAAAUCAGUCUUUCUUGUCUGAGAAAGCUAAAAAAUCUGAUGUUUCAGCUGGAACUGAAACCAACAAACAAUCAGUUGCUUUUCCUGUUGUUGAUCCAGCAAAGCCACUACCUGAAACACCUAGCUAUGAUGGAACCCCUUUGCUCAAUGAAAAUUUUGAUUCUAAGAUUGGUUCAGAAGCAUUAUCCCCUCCUAAGUCAGAUAACAAUGCACUAAACACAGUUAUCAAAGAAGUAGAAAGUAAUUUAACUGAUUGCAACCACGAUGAACCUGAUAUAAGAAGUGACAAAAAGACAUCUCAAGAGUCUAGAGCUGUAAACACGGGACAGACCAAGAAGGAGGUUCUAAAACAGAAAAAGGAACCAUCUAGAAAUUAUUCAAUGAUUACUUUAUCAUCAAAACAGGAUACAGUAUCUAAGGAACUUGUGUUAAAUGAUAAGGAAUCUUCUUCUGUACCCCGCCAACAUCAUAGUGCUACUACAGAUAAUAACUGUGAUCUUUCUACUGAUGUACUUACGAUAGGAGGAAGUAGAAGUUCUGAUAAGCUUGAGUCUUAUAUUAUCCAUGCUGAACCCACAGCAACAGAUUCCCCACUUGAGAUGAGUGAUACCGGCCCUUACAUCCCCACUUCAGAGUUUGCGAAGAAAGAGACAUUUAUACGAUCAAGCACUUCAGAACAAAAGAGGAAGAAGGUGUCAACUCUGCGCAAAAGAAUGAAGUAUAGCAAAGAAAAUCUACAUGUACAAGCAUCAGAAAAUUUUAUUGAAGGUAUUGAAAUAAACUCAGAGACAUGGCAGGAAAAGACAUGGCCAAAGGAAAUGGAGGAAAAUUCUGCCUCUGAGAGAGAUGUAAGUGAGUCAUCUCUUUAUUCUGCAAACAAUAAAAUGGUAAAUUUGUCAUCUGGAACAGUGCAUUUACAUGAUAGCAAUUUAAACUUUAAUAAUCAGUUUCCAGAGGGCAGUCAAUUCUCUUGUGAUGCCAAGGCCAAAGCUAUGGUUUGUUCUCAAUCACCUGAGUCUAAGAUUAACAAUGAAGCAUUACAUGCACAUAUUGGCAGCACUGUUGAAGAAGGUCAAGAGAGAUAUUUUCAAAUGAAACCAGAAAAGAACACCUGUGAUGAUAAUGUUUCAUUCAGAGAGGUUAAGCUUAUUGGAGAUACAAUUAAAGUGAAGAGAAAUGUGACUAAUCAAUCAGAUUUUCUUCAAAAUGAUACUCCCAUUGAUAGAAACCAGGAAGCAUUGAAACUAUCUGAAAAUGUUGAGAAUGUUUCCACCGUGACUGAUUCUGAUCUUCUCUUGAGAUAUCUUGACACUGUAUGUUCCAGGGAAGCAGAAAUAGUUCCUGAGAAAACUGAACUCAACAUCAAUCCUGAAGAUUCUCACAGACUGGAGCUACACUCAGUAUUGAAUCCAGUUGCUCACAAGCGAAAAAUGGGGUCAAUUCGUAGACCUCUUGGAGGGAACAAAGGCCAAAGAAAAGGAAAAGAACAUCAUAAUGACAAUGAGACACUUAACAGUGAAAGUAUAAGCAAUAGAGAGGUAGAAAUCAUCGAUAUGGAGGAUGACCAUGGUCCAGAUAAAUCUACAUUAAGAACAUCAGAGACAAAAGAUGGAACUACCGUAAAAGACAGGGAAAAAUUUGUGGAGAAUAAAGCUGGCCCUGUUGAGGGGAUUGACUCUGACCACAUGUCGUCAUCAUGUAGUUCAGAUAUUCAGGCAUCCACUGCAGUAGGUAUCAGUGACAUAUUGGAAGAACAAACCCUCACAGGAUUUUGUGCAGAGACUCUGGAAAACUCUGGAGAUGUUGAAGAAGUGCCAGUAGGGGAAGACAUAGAACCACACUUAGAUAUUCAAACACAGAACAUAACUUUUGACUCAACGACCAAUGAAGGAGAAAGAACAGAAGAGAACAUCCAUGAUGUUAGUGUUCUUGUCAAACCAACUGAAGUCAUUGGAGAUAUUAUUGCAGUGAAGAGCAAUGUGACUAUUGACUCAGAUUUUCAUCAAAAUGAUACUCCCAUUGAUAGAAACCAGGAAGCAUUGAAUGUUGAGAAUGUUUCCACCGUGACUGAUUCUGGUCUUUCCUUGAGAGAUGUUGACACUGUAGGUUCAAGAGAAGCAGACACAGUUCCUGAGAAAACUGAAAUCAACAUCAAUCCUGAAGAUUCUCACAGACUGGAGCUACACUCAAUAUUGAAUCCAGUUGCUCACAAGCGAAAAAUGGGGUCAACUCGUAGACCUCUUGGAGGGAACAAAGACCAAAGAAAAGGAAAAGAAAAUCAUAAUGACAAUGAGAAACUUAACAGUGAAAGUAUAAGAAAUAAAGAAGUAGAAAUCUUCGAUAUGGAGGAUGGCCAUGGUCCAGAUAAAUCUACAUUAAGAACAUCAGAAACAAAAGAUGGAACUACAGUAAAAUGA